UCUUGGUGUCAGAGAUUUUACACUUUUAAUUACAGUAAACACACUUUUUGUCCAUUUGGAAUAUAAGAUAAGUUAUUUAUUUUCGAAUUAUUCACUUGUAAUUUAUUUACUUCACAUAAAAAUAAAUUAGGUAUUUUUUUUUUCAUUUGCUUCUGAUCGUGACUGAAGAAUCCCUAGCCUAAGCCUAUACUGAUGGCCUCCGUGAAAUAGCACAAAUCUUGUUAGAAGAUAUGGCUUUGUGUUGACAUAUCGUGUCUAAGAUUAUUACAAAAAAGCUGAAAUGUCUAGUCACCGAAGCAGCCACCAUAGCCAAAAUAACCCUGGCCUUAAACAGAUCGAUCUAGACCAGAUAUGGGGCGAUUUGCGGGAGGGCAUAGACCAAGUCUAUAGCCGCCAGUCUAUGUUGAAGCCCCGCUACAUGCAGUUGUAUACACAUGUGUACAACUAUUGUACAAGUGUGCACCAACAGGCGCCAAAAACCAGCAGCUCAUCCAAAGUGAAAAAAGGAUCUCAGACCACCACGGGUGGAGCACAGUUGGUUGGGCUAGAGCUCUACAAAAGAUUAAGGGACUUCCUUCGAACGUAUUUGGUCAACUUGUUAAAGGACGGUUUGGACCUGAUGGACGAAGACGUGCUGCAGUUCUACACUCGCCAGUGGGAGGAGUACCAGUUUAGCUCUAAAGUGCUCAAUGGUGUCUGCGCGUACCUCAACAGGCACUGGGUACGGAGAGAGUGUGAAGAGGGGAGAAAAGGAAUAUUUGAAAUUUAUCAACUGGCAUUAGUAACAUGGCGAGAAAACCUAUUCAAACCUCUCAACAAGCAAGUGACCAAUGCAGUGCUCAAAUUGAUUGAGCGUGAGCGCAAUGGAGAAACUGUCAAUACAAGACUGGUCUCUGGAGUAAUCAACUGUUACGUUGAACUAGGUUUGAAUGAAGAAGAGCCCUCUGCAAAAGGUCCAAACCUUUCUGUUUAUGAGAAUUCCUUUGAGCAAGUGUUCCUGGAGGACACAGAACGAUUUUACACUAGAGAAAGUACAGAGUUCCUAUGCCAAAAUCCCGUCACUGAGUACAUGAAAAAGGCAGAACAGAGGCUAUUUGAUGAACAAAAGCGAGUUCAAGUUUAUCUACAUGAGAAAACUGCUGAAAAGCUUGCAAAAAAAUGUGAGCAAGUUCUGAUCGAGAAACACUUGGAGAUGUUUCACUCCGAGUUUCAGCAUUUGUUGGAUAAAGACAAAAACGAAGAUUUGGGUCGAAUGUACUCCCUAGUUGCCCGCAUCACUGAUGGCCUAGGAGAGCUGCGGAAUCUGUUAGAGCUUCAUAUAUCCAGUCAAGGUCUCGCUGCCAUUGAAAAAUGUGGCGAAUCAGCUGCUAAUGAUCCGAAGGUGUAUGUGAGCACUAUCUUGGAAGUACAUAAGAAGUACAACGCUUUAGUGCUGACAGCAUUCAACAACGACAGUGGGUUUGUCGCCGCGUUGGACAAAGCCUGUGGCCGCUUUAUCAACAGCAAUGCAGUCACUAAGGUGGCUAGUUCUAGCUCCAAAUCACCUGAGCUUCUUGCCAAGUUCUGCGACUUACUUCUGAAGAAGUCCAGUAAAAAUCCUGAGGAAGCUGAGCUGGAAGAUACUCUCAAUCAAGUAAUGGUUGUUUUCAAAUAUAUAGAGGACAAAGAUGUAUUCCAAAAGUUCUACUCCAAGAUGUUGGCUAAGCGGUUGGUUCAGCACAUGUCUGCAAGCGAUGAUGCAGAAGCUUCUAUGAUCUCCAAACUAAAACAAGCUUGUGGUUUUGAGUACACUUCUAAGCUCCAGCGCAUGUUUCAGGAUAUUGGAGUGUCUAAGGAUCUCAAUGAACACUUCAGAAAACAUCUUAGCAACUCUGCCGAGCCGCUGGAUAUAGACUUCAGCAUUCAAGUGCUUUCCUCAGGGUCAUGGCCAUUCCAACAAUCAUUCAACUUUGCACUGCCUGCCGAGCUGGAGCGCAGUGUGCACCGCUUCACCACUUUCUACAGCAGCCAACAUUCUGGCAGGAAACUUAACUGGCUGUACAACAUGUCUAAAGGAGAACUGGUCACCAACUGCUUCAAGAACAGGUACACAUUACAAGCUUCCACAUUCCAGAUGGCAGUUCUUCUUCAGUACAACGUAAGUGAAAGCUGGACCGUUGCACAACUCUUAGACUCUACUCGGAUCAAGCAUGACUUCUUAAUCCAAGUAAUCCAGAUCUUGGUGAAGGCAAAGCUUUUGGUCUGCGAUGACGAUGAAAAUGACCUGCACUUGGGGUCAACUGUGUCCCUCUUCUUCGGAUAUAAGAAUAAGAAACUGCGAGUGAACAUAAACAUCCCGAUGAAGGCUGAGACUAAGCUGGAGCAAGAGACGACUCACAAACACAUAGAGGAGGAUCGCAAACUGCUGAUUCAGGCAGCCAUUGUGAGGAUCAUGAAGAUGAGGAAGAUGCUGAAGCAUCAGCAACUGGUGGCUGAGGUGCUAAAUCAGCUCAGCUCCAGGUUCAAGCCACGAGUACACAUGAUCAAGAAAUGCAUCGACAUACUGAUUGAGAAAGAGUAUCUAGAAAGAACUGAAGGCCAGAAGGACACCUAUAGUUACCUAGCAUGAUUAAAUAAGAGUAUGCGCUACCAUGUUUAUAUCGAUAAAAAGUUUAAGUAAUAUGUUGUAUAUAUUGUCUGUGUUUAGUUGUUAAAUAGAUUCGUUUCUUGAAGAUUGUUAUUAGUAGGAAAUUUGUUUCUAUGUUAAGUUAAUACUUCUGUAUUUUUUCUUUGUGAUAUCUACUAUAUGGGGCCUUAAAUUAUCCUCUAUUUCCUUAACAGUAAACAUAGUUCAUAAAUUCUUAGAAAUCGGCAAAUAUCAGGGCACUUUGUAUAAUUAAUUAAUUAUAUUUUGUAUUUGUAACUAUUUUUAAUAAGUACCUACUAUAUUGUGCAAUUUACUAUAAUUCAUUAAUUUUCACACCACAUGGAAUAGCUUUGCAGUAAAUGAGAAAGGUGUGUAAAAUUGAAAAAGUGGGGAGCUGGCCGCUAAUAGAUACUGUACUGCAUUGUUAUUAUUUUAGGUUGUGUAAACGAAUUUGUUUUUGUCUGUUAUUCUUUGCAAUUGUUUUGCAGAGGUAGUACAUGAUAAGUUCUGACCAAUGUAUUUUUGUCUGGUUCUUUGAAUAUGUAUUUUCACUUAAUUUUGUAUGGUUUUAGGAGUAUUAAAAUAUAAGUAUAGUUAAAUAAUUGCAAUUAAACCGUUGUAAAUUUCAUCAAUAACAUUUCAUCGAGUUACUCAUUCUGAGUUGGUUUCAAGUCCUUCAGCACCGUUACAGUAGAAUUUAUGAGCAAUGUGAAACACUCACACAAAUGUAUAUACUAUAUUUUAAAAUUGUGAAAAUGUAUUUUAAUAGCUUCUUAAUUUCUGUUUUGGAAAUUUUGUUAUGAUUGUCCAAAUGAAUCUCAUUUAUCUCAGCCCUUUAGCGAAUUUCCCUAUCAGGAAGUUAUAUUAUUAUUGUAAUUAGUUGUAGGUGGCACGGUAAGACCUAGGCCCGGGACCGAUUUACUUUUUCAUUUUGAUGACCCCAGACGCCAAAAACACCAUUCGUUCAAAUUUUUAUAUAUUUAUUUAUUUAUAUAUAUAUAUAUAUACGUCAGUGAACGCGAUAACUUGAGUGAUUUAUGUCCAAUUUUGAUGAAAUUUGGUUUAAAGGUGUAAGGCGGGAUAAACUUGAAUGAAUGAUUUUUCUCAUGUUUGAACCUCAAAAAAAAAUUCACAAUUUCUCUCUGGACCUUUUUAAAGAGCUUAAAAAGUUGUAGUUUGCUUGUUUACGGAUAUAUAUGGAUCAAACCUGGCAAAUUUAUUCAUUUUAUACUAAAGCUAUUAAUAUUUUACUAAAAAAUACACUUUAUUAGUUUCCUUGUAGCAGCAAACCUAGGAUUUAAUUGAAAAUCUAUUCAGACAAAUGGAAAUUCGCUUAGUCGGCAGGUUUCCUGCGGCGGGGGGUAUUUUUGAUUUCUAAAGAUUGCUCAAUUUCUGGCUUAAUUAAAUAAUGGGAACUAAUUUUAAGUGUUUUAUAUUGUAUGAGUUUACAUUAAUACUGAUAAUCAGGAUGCUUAAUACUCUAUUUUAAUAAAUUCUUUAAGCUGAGUUCAAGGUUUUUUUCUUACAUCAACAUAAAUAAAUAGUAAAACAUGUAGUGUAUAGUCAAACAAUCUUUCAGAGAUAUUUAUUUUUUUUAUUUAUUAGAUAGGCUACAUAAUUAUUAAUAAAUAAUAAUUAUUAAACGUGUUUGCUGCAUAUGGUAUGUUUAUAAAAUGGAAAAACAAAUGAAAUAUAUGAAACAGUAAAUUUUUAGAUAAAUCUUAUGGAAAGUGAAUAAAAGAAAUGUCUUAUAACAUUUAAAACAUAUAUUAACGCUUAUACUGUUUUUCACAAGACGGUAAAUAUACAAAAAAGAUGGUAAGUGGUGAUCGAUUUCAAUUGGACACUCCAAUCAUCAUCAGACCCAAUAGGCAAAUGUAAGAAGUUAUUUAAUAAAUGUUAUGGAUUUCCAAAGCAGUGUGGUGCAAAUUGUGUUUAAAAUGCUUGUUUAACUAUACUUAAUGUGUAAAACUGUAUUUAAAUUUGAACUUCCUAAGUCUUUCAGAUUUGAUGCAACACACUUAUCUAUUUUUACGUUAUUUUUAAUUUAAUGGGCCGAUCUACGAUUUUGGAAUUGAUAGACCAAUGCCAAUUCUGAUUCCAUUGAUUCUUGUGAUUGCUACUCCCGGGAUUUUUGGGGCAUCAUAACCAUGGAGCCUUGUGAAUAAUUGUAAAUUAAUUUUUUUUUUUUAUAUAUAUAUAUUGUAAAGUUUGUAAGAAAUUUCUCAAAAAAGUCCUUGCCUAUGAAUUUUGUCAAGUUACUUACUUGAUACUUGAGGUCUUUGUCUUUGACCCAGCCUGUGGGAUUGACUAUGUCAGAUACCUUUCGGCUAUUUCUUCCCGUGAAUAGUGGGAUAUCUUCUGCAUCAUUCAGGGAGUAUACUGGCCAUUCUAAAAGUUCCUGUAUGAUGUGGUUCUUGAAAUUUGAAGUUGGGAGGCUUUUCACGUCAGCUGAGAGGCUGUUGAACAGUUUUAUGGUUACAAUUGGAAAAGAUUUUUGUGUUUUACUCAGCCUGCAUCUUUGGACUUCCAGAUUUUGAGCUUUACGAGUUCGAUGUUGGUGUAUGGUAGUUCUGUUGUUAAAAAGAUUGGUAUUCUGAUUGAUGUAGUUUAGAGAGUUGAAAAUAUACUGGUUAUAAACUGUGAAGAUUCUGAAUUUUUUUAAAGAGGUUUACAGUGUUCAAGGUCAUGAGUCGAAGCCAUAACUGUUCGCAUAAUAAUUCAGGGAAGAUAUAUACAUCACAUAUCUAAAACCAUGAUUGGUUAGACUUCUCCCAAGUAUUUUAAUGCUAGUGUUAACUGUAUUAUUUCAAAUUACUUAAAUACAGUGGCUGUUCAGUACAAAAUAAAGUAUGUAACUCGUUUUGUCUGGUAUAUUUUUAAAUACCAUUUCUAUAUUUUAGAAUCCAUGGAGUCAGAAUUAAGAAUUGAUUUUCAGGCCAGUUAAGAAAGAGUGAAAUAUUAGGAUGUCUUUCAGUUCUGAUAGUGUGCUGAAAAUAUAUAGUUAAAUAAUUUUUCAGAAAUAUUGAUACUAACAGAAAAGGACUCAAAUUUAAUGCUUUGCUUUGAGAUUUUAGGCUAACCAUGUUUUUUUUUUUUUUGCAAGUAUUGGUGUUAUUUUUUUACGUUUAAGUUUGACUCGGUUGUCGUGUUGUUAAGAGUGUAACAUUCCACAUUUUCACUAAUCUUAUUGAUGUGACUAUGAUAUAUAAUUACUAAAUGCAAACCACGUCAUAACCAUGAAAAAGUAAUAUUUAGAACCUAUCGUAAUUUCUAGAUGAGAACUGAUACCACUGUCUGUCAAGACAAUAUUUCAUAGCCGAUGUAUAAACACUUGUUCAUGUAGUAGUUUAAAUCUUCUACCAAGUGAAUCUCACUCCUUACCAAUGCAGUUCUUAUUCUUUAAUGUUUUGUAUUGUUAUGAUCUGUAAAUUGUAAUGCUCACUUUAAUUUAAAAUGACUGUUGGCUAGCUAUUAAAUUAUCUCUUUUUCAGAA